GGCCACUCGAGAAUUCUUUAUUGUGACACCAACAUAUAAAAAUAAUGUUUUUACUAGGGUCUGUGAACAAAUAUUACAAUAGUAAAUCACAAUAUUACUUCUGAUGGUUUACUGCUGACUUCUUACUGAACAGCGACCGAUGAGACGAUGACUAUCGUAUUGAUGCCUCCGCGAAAAUUGGGGAAGUUGGUUUUGAGCAAACAACCAUGAAUUGAUCGUUCAAUCUUCAACUGCAUUGACACUCCCCGGCAAAUAACGAUCCAACCCUUUUUUCCUUCACGACCAAUACACUUUGACUUGGAUGCUAUUGUGAGAACCUGGGUCACACGGACAGAGCUGAAAUGGAAAACAAACAGAAAAGCCAACACACCACAAGUAGACCAGUUGGUAAAUUCUGUAUAAUGUCCAAGUAACUUAUAUCUUUCCAUGUGAUGUUGUGGUAAGUUUCGACCACGUUUUCUCAUAUUUCAUUAGUAUGUCAGUUAUUGAUCUCCAUUUGUAUCAGAUAGACAUUAUUCGACCGACUCUUAAUUGUAUGGGUGUACAACAGGUGUAAUAUUUAAGCUUAUACAUUAAAUGGACCUAUAAUUUCGGAGGCUCUCAGAUAGGAACUAGGACUACUACCGUUUGCAAACUCUUGUAGUUUGUUGUUAAGCACUUUUUUGAAUGAGGCCAAUGUACCUGCUUGGCGCAUUUCCAUUGGUAGUUUAUUCCAUAUCUGUGCAUACCUAAUCAAGUAAGACUUUUGCCUGGUAGCUGUUUUACGCCCCAUCCAAUCUAAAUUUUCUCAGCCAACACGAAAUUUCAGCCUCAAUAUUGACGCAAAUAGCACACAUACUGUCAAGCCGACUAUCACCGGAUGGGAGGGCGAUGCAUUGGAGGCACGGUAUAAUGAACACCUCACACCCGCCGGGGUAACAAACGAUGGCACAUCUCUCUGUGCUGAUACUGGUGUAGGGCACUUUUCCAGCACUGCUAGUAAGUGGCCACCAUCUGAGUUAGCACCCAUCAAACAAUCUGUUCUAGACGCCAUAAACCUUGGAGAGAAUAUUUUUAAAGAUAUAUGCGAUUUCACCGUCACCCCUAACUCUCUCUCAUUCUGUCUUAUCAAUGCUCGCUCCUUACUCAACAAAAUGUUCGACUUCACGACAUUAUCCCUAAUUUGCAAUCCGUCUCUCAUAAUGAUUACUGAGACAUGGUGCACUCCUCAGAUUUGCGAUAAAGAUAUUUCUAUUGAUAACUAUUAUGUAUUCAGAGGCGACAGAAACUAUGGUAGAGGAGGAGGAUGUGCUAUGUAUAUCAGGUCUGAUAUUAAGGCCACACAGUGCUUCUACCCAGAGCUCAUCACAGAUAACGAUUCAGUGUGGGCUAUUCUAAGACUGUCUCACUCCAGUUCCUAUCUUAUAGGUUGCAUCUAUCACCCCCCGUGCUCAACCGUUGAAGGUAAUAUGAAGCUUGCUAGCACGUUCGCUUACGCCACUUCACUACCUCACACGGCUAAAAUUAUAUGUGGGGACUUUAAUAUGCCCGAUGUAGUCUGGCAACCACUUUCCUCACCAAAACGGUACAAUGAAUUUAUCAACAUAAUAGAAACAAAAGAAUGGCAACAACACGUACAGUAUCCUACCAGGCUAUCUAAGAUUUUAGAUCUAGUUUUCACUAAUGGUAUCAUCCCCACUACCCUUCGAGUAGGUAAAGAGUUUCCUGGCAGCGACCACAGAGUAGUAUUCGGUACAUUUAAUAUUUGCACUAGCAUGAGUUCGACAAUAAACGCCAACAAAGUAUUACUCAGGGGUUACAGACAUGCUCAGUGGGAUGAACUGAAACCAUACAUACGCACCCUAGACUGGGAGCCAUACUUUACGUGCAGCUCGGCUAUAGAGACAAACAAAUUACUCUAUGAGAACCUAGGAUUUGCACAUGACUUCAUCGCUCCAGUAAGACUUGUGAAAACGAGGCCUAAACAGCCCGACUUCAUCCCCGUAAAGAUUCGAAACCGACUGCGUAAGCAUGCUAGGCAAUUCUACAGAUAUAAUGACUUUUCAUCACUCAUUACACUCAAGCAAACUUAUGAUUCAUACAAAUCUAAUCAGUUAUCUGAGUCCAUCAAACUAGAACGCAUCCUCCACUCACGACCUGAUAAUACAGAGGCAUUAGUUAAACUAAUUAAGUCACGAAUCAACAACAACAGAAUAAGUAUCCCUAACUUAUUACUAGAUGGAGAAAAACUACACGAAGACCCGCAGGAGAUAUGUGAGUUAUUCAGCUCCCACUUUUCUAGCUACUAUACUAUCGAAGAAACAGUAGAUAGUCUUGAAGUUCCGACAAUACCAAAUCACUUUUUGGGUAAUAUAACAUUCACCCAACAAAAGAUUUCCUCCGCUAUAGCAUCCCUCCGGACAUCAUAUAACGCUGGGCCCGAUGGAAUUCCAUCUAUCUUGUUGAAAAGAGGUGGUGAGGAUAUACCCAUUAUCCUACUAAAGUUUUUCAUUCUGUCCUUAAAUAAUGGCAGUUACCCAGAAUGCUGGAAACUGUCGUUUAUAACCCCUAGGCACAAACAAGGACCAACUUCUAACAUCGAAAACUACCGACCGAUUAAUAUCACGUCAGUAGUUUCCAGGGUUAUGGAAAAGGUUAUAGGGCAAGAUAUUGCUUCAUACCUCCACCUUCACAAAGUGUUUACUCCAGCACAACACGGCUUCUUGAAAAAUCGAUCAUGCUCCACCUGCCUACUUGACUACUUUGAUGAUGUUACCGCUAAGCGUGAUCAUGGUUUGUAUGUCACAACUCUCUUCUUUGACUUCAAAAAAGCCUUUGAUAAAGUCCCACACAAGAGACUAAUCCUUAAGCUAAAGUCGUACGGGUUCCAAGACCCCUUGUUAUCCUGGCUCAUUUCUUUCUUGGAAGAUCGUUCCCAAGUUGUGAAAUUUGCAAAUAAUUACUCGUCACCCAGACCUAUAAGAAGUGGAGUGAUUCAGGGUAGUGUACUAGGUCCACUGCUUUUCGUAAUCUACAUUAACGACAUCUGCAGCGUAAUCAAGCAUGGUACCCCAUACCUCUUUGCUGACGACUUAAAGAUUGUAUACAGCUUCCCCCAUUCUACACUAAACGAAGGAUUCACACAUAUUCAAGAUGAUCUGGAUAGGUUACAUAACUGGAGCAAUGACUGGCAACUGCCAUUCAAUUCUGAUAAAUGUGGUGUCCUAUAUUUCAAUAACUCCCAUCCGAAUUUCAGGUUACACCUAGGUAACUCUUUUCUCCAAACCCUCAGUUCCAUAAAAGACCUGGGAGUUACCUACUCACAAAACUUAACAUUCAGUCAGUACGCAAAAGCACUUGUUUCUAAAUGCCGAAGACUCACAGGCUUGUUGCAUCGAAAAAUGUACACAAAUGAGGCUAAAGUCCUUUUAUACAAAGUCAUGGUUCGUCCAGUACUUGAAUACUGCACAAUUGUCUUCGGUUUCAUGCAUGGGUAUGACAGGGUUCGUAUUGAAAAUAUUCAGCGAAGUUUUACUCGACGCCUAUUAUACAAACAUGAAGGACUGACUUACGCUGAUAGGUGCAAAAUGUAUGGACUUCAGCCACUUUGGUUAAGGCGCCUGAAACUCAACCUUACAUUCCUCUUUCGCCUUUUACACGGCUACACCAAAAGCAGUAAUCCAAUAGCUUUCAAUAAUUUACCCAUAUAUACUCUUAGGAAUCAUGAAAAUACUCUAUCCAUAAGCCGGUUCCGGACAAAACUGCGAUCACGUUUCUUUAAAAUACAGUACAGUGCAUUAUGGAACGAACUUCCACUUACUGUACGUAGUUGCCGAUCUCCUACUGAAUUCCAGCGUCUACUUAACGAGUUCCUAUCAACAAAAGAGCUUCGGUCUACUUAUCCAUACUUUAUCCAUAUGGGCCGCUCAACUAGCUUUAGUACUACAGACCCCAGUGCAAUACCCCCAAUUUGAGGAAACUCAUUUGCCCCGGCAACCGUACCUCAUCUAUAACGUGAUAAAACCAACCUAAUCUCUCCCACAUGCCUUUACCUAAGGUCCGGUUAUUCAGCUUACUAGAGAUCCUAUCGAUAUUUCUUCAAUCGGGUUUAUAAACUCAUUAGACUCUCCUGGAUGUAUAAUCCCAAAUUAGUUGUGAUAGUUCUCCCAUAAUAUAAGCAAACUGGUACUUUGUAAUGUCUAAAGCAUGCCAUAUGAAAAGUGGCCAGGAAUACCUAGCAAUAACAAACUCAACCAACCAACCAUUUUCCCCAAGUUCAUUCAACCUACCCUUAUCCCUAAUCGUACCACUACUCACUACACUCUACUCAGUAGAAUAUGACUUAAUUUGCUCCGGUGCUCAAAACUCUUCUACCCUUUACUUUUUAAAAAAGACGUUUUAACUACUAACUGCACAGUAGCCAUUUAACUAACUCACUGGUUUCCUCUUCACUGUAAUCUUCAAUAAGUUCGUCAGUAUAAUUAUUUCCGAAAACCAUUACAUUAGCAACCAUAUCUUUUAAUAUUUUACGAAUAUACUUAUAUUAUUAGCAUAAUACACUGCACUAUUUUUGAGUUGAAUUGAUUAUCUUCAGUCAACAGUUACCCAUUCUCAUAUAAUUUUCUAAAAUUCAUAAUGUUAAAGCUAUGUAGUAUUUCUGUUAAUAUCUUUUAUAAUAUGUUUAGACACGUUACUUUGCAAUGUCAGAUGUCUACUAUAUACAAGACUGUCAUGAUAAUUUAGUACACUAAGUCCUGCCAACCGACCUUACCUUCAGUUCAUACUACCUACAUUGAUCCCUAACUAUAUUGUUCUGCUGAAUCUUGCUUCACUAUUCACAAAACCUAUUCUUUUUAUUCUUUAAGGUUUUAACUUCUUGUAAAGUAAUCCGUUCAUUAGGACGCAUGCAUACAUAUAUAAUGUUCAUAAAGAUGUAUGUGGAGACCUAUUGGAAGCACUCAUUAAGAAAGCUAGGGAGAUGGAAUAUGGGGUACGAACAUGUCUGGUACCAAGCAGUAUAUUUGCGGUAGCCAUAAUAAUCAUAUUCUCAGAGCUUAACAUCAAAAAAGGAGGGAGGGUGGCGUUAGCUGAUCAGUAGAUAUGGUGGUGGUCACUAAGGUGAAUCGCCCCAUUCUGCAGGAACAGCAAUAUACAAAUUAAAGGCUCGAGAUAUUUCUGAUUUUUAUGAGGGCUUAGAUCUUUAUCUUGAAAAAGAUAAUAAUGAACGCCUUGACAGAUCAUGCUUCUACCUUUAAAUAUAUACCAUUCGCUCAGCCUAUUGUUGAGAUGCGACCAUGUGGGAUCUGCACAGAUUUAUGGGGCAUCUUAUAAAUCAACUUGCUGUCCAUUGUCGGAUCUUUAAAUACCACUUCACAAUGUCUUAUCUCAUUCAUUUUCUAAUAACGUCUUUACUUAAUCCUCAUUGUAUCCCAUUAAACCUAACAUUUUAUAGCUCUUUAUGAAUUUGAUUCGACUUAUUCUAUUCCUAUUCUCUGUGAGGUACGGUUGUGCACCAAAUGCACAAAAAAGCAUAAAAUAAAAAAGCAGACAUAAGGAAAAAAUGUAUUAAAACCAAAAGUGGACAUCAUGAUACUACCAGAUAUACGCGUAGCAUUAUACAUUGCAAAUGAACGUUGUCAGCCUAGGGAGUUUUCUAUAUUAAUGCAUUUAUUAGUGAUACUUGCACUUACCCAUUUCAUUACACUUUAUUGAUUCACCUUAGCACUUUUACUUUUCUAAAAUCAGCUUUCAAUCCGUUGUAAACGUUGUACUUACCUCAAUAUUGGUUGGUUAUCGUAUGCCGACAACCACGGGAUGAAAACGAAACGAAGUCGAUUUUCCCGCUC